ACAAAACGCUCAUUCCCAAUGCCUGGUGCACACAGCUUCUCACCUAGUUGGGAAUUACUGCCAACCUGUCCCAAUACAGGCCGCCAUAAAGAGGUGUGUGAUGGGAGCACAGAGAAAGGGGUGCCUUCUGUGUUGCAAUGGGUUGGAGAAAGCUUCUUGGAAUAAGUGAGGCUUGAACGAUGAGUUCAGGUUGCUAGUGUUGGGGAAGGCUGGCCUGUUCCUGGAACAGUGAGCUGUGUGGGGCAUGUUAGCGCAAUGGCGGGAUAAGGAGCUGGAGGAGGUGUGUUUGGAUCAAAAUAUGAAUGGCUUUGGUGCCAUUCCAAGACCGUGAUGGUGGGGAGCCAUUAAUGGAGUCUGAGCUGGGCAGUGGUUGGGUCAGCUAUUUUUUAGCUGUGUUAUGGAGACUGGACUGACGGGGUCAAGAAUUAUUCAAUUCAUUGUUCCCAGAGCGUUUACUGAGAAUGCUCUGUGUCCAGACACUGCUGGAAGCUGCAGAUACAGCCGGGAAUAAAGUAGACAUGGUCCCUGCCCUCAUGGAGCUUACAAUCUAAAUCCAUGCAGGUGCACACACUGGCUCCUGGCCUGGUAGUGCCUGCACGCCUGGGAACGUGUUAGAAAUACACAUUUCUCUGCCCACAGCCACGCCUGGUGAACACUGGAGUUGGGCUGCCCCACCAGUAGCCGUGGUGCUCGGUUAUAUUCCAAGGCCGCUGGGCUGCUAUAAUGCAGCAGGUGGUACUGGAGGGUUAACCCAGGGUUGAGGCAGUUAGGACCAGCAGGGAGUCAGACUUGAGGGAGGUCUUGAACAGGGUCACUUGCUUUAAGAGUCAAGGGUGAAGGAUUCACUGGCUUGGGGUCUGUGGUUGGACCACAAGUGCGGUUGGAUGGCGCCAGGCGUGAAUCUGCCGUGCGUCUCACCUCCGUGGCCCAGACUUUGCCACGAAACCACAGUAGGGCUGUGCACUAGGCAGUGCCUCCCCAGUUCCUAAUGUUUGUGCAGUGCACAGAGAAAUUGGGUGGGGUCGCGUGAGGUUGGAGGGGGCCAGCCGGAGGCCCCGGGCAGCUGAAGGCUGACGGUGACCAGCUAGGGGCCCAGCUCCCAGAGCUCUGACGAUCCGUGGCCAUUCUCAGCACUGCCGGGGACUCUGCUCCAUGGGCUGCGCUGGGAGGCAGAGGGACUCCUCCGCUUGGCAACCCAAAUCAAGAACCUUAAAUGAGUUUAUACCCUGUGACUCAAUUCAUUCCAUUCCUGAAGAUCUCUCCCAAAUAUAUAACAAAAGAGAAGCCUUCUGUUCAUUGUAGAUUGUGUACAACAGAGAAAGCCGGCAACUCUGUGGUAGGAGAAUCAUUUCUGAUAGCGUAUUGCUGUUAGCCACGUGUGGCUAUUCUGUGCCACAUAGAGGAACAUACGCACUCACUGGACAAUGUCAGGUUAGCCUCUGCAUGUGCUGAGGAUACAGGGGGAGCAAGCUGGAGGUGGUCUUUGCCUGCACAGAGGAUCCUGUGGGGAAAGACAGGCAGCCUGAUGAGCAGCCCGCCCCAGGACAGCUGGGAAGGGACUGGUGCAGUUCCUCUCCUGCUGGGCUGUCAUGGAAGGGCUGCUAGCAAGAUGCAGAGCGUUGCCCACCCUCAGCGCCCUCUCCACUUGCAGCCGCCAGCUCUCGGGACGCACGCCCUGCAGGUCUCACCACUGCGGCCCAGGGAGCGGGCAGCGCUUGCUCCUUUCUCGCAUCUUCCAGCCACAGAACCUGCGGGAAGACCAGGCGCUCUCCCUGGAGGGCAGAUCUGGCGAGCUGACCUGCAGGAGCCAGCGGCUGAUGCUGCAGGUGGGCCUGAUCCUCCCAGCAAGCCCCGGCUGUUACCACCUCCUGCCCUACACCGUCCGGGCCCUGGAGAAGCUUGUGCGGCUGAUAGACCAGGAGAUGCAGGCUGUGGGGGGGCAGAAGGUCAGCCUGCCCAGCCUCAGCCCGGCGGAGCUCUGGCGAGCCACCCAGCGGUGGGACUUGAUGGGCAAGGAGCUGCUCAGACUUCAAGACAGACACGGCAAGGAGUACUGCCUGGGACCCACUCACGAAGAAGUCGUCACAGCCCUGGUCGCCUCCCAGAAGAACCUGUCCUACAAGCAGCUUCCAUUCCUGCUAUACCAAGUGACGAGGAAGUUUCGGGACGAGCCCAGGCCCCGCUUUGGGCUUCUCCGGGGCCGGGAGUUCUACAUGAAGGAUAUGUACACCUUCGACUCCUCCCCAGAGGCCGCCCGGCAGACCUACAGCCUGGUGUGUGAUGCCUACCGUAGCCUCUUCCGCAGGCUGGGGCUGCAGGUCAUCAAGGCCCAGGCCGACGUGGGCAGCAUCGGCGGCACGAUGUCACACGAGUUCCAGCUGCCAGUGGAGGUUGGGGAGGACCGGCUGGCAGUGUGUCCCAGCUGCAGCUUCUCGGCCAACGUGGAGACACUGGACUCAUCGCAGACACACUGCCCCACGUGCCAGAGCCCACUCACAGAAACCAGGGGCAUCGAGGUGGGGCACACGUUUUACCUGGGCACCAAGUACUCCUCCAUCUUCAGUGCCCAGUUCACCAAUGCCGAGGGCAAGCCGUGCCUGGCCGAAAUGGGGUGCUACGGCUUGGGUGUGUCCCGGAUCUUGGCUGCCGCCAUCGAAGUCCUAGCUACAGAGGACAGCGUUCGCUGGCCGGGCCUCCUGGCCCCUUACCAGGUCUGCCUCAUCCCCCCUAAGAAGGGCAGCAAGGAGGCGGCGGCCACAGAGCUCACGGAGCGCCUGUAUGACCACAUCACAGAGGCGGUGCCCCAGCUGCGUGGGGAGCUCGUGCUGGACGACAGGACCCACCUGACCAUUGGAAGCAGGCUGAAGGACGCCGACAAGCUGGGCUACCCCUUUGUGGUGGUUGCGGGCAAGCGGGCCCUGGAGGAGCCUGCCUGUUUUGAGGUUUGGUGUCAGAACACGGGGGAGCAGCUCUUCCUCACCAGAGAGGGAGUCCUGGACUUACUGACCCCCGUGCAGGUUGUGUAGGCCCCGGGUACAGCCAGGCACUGCGUGCGCCUAUGCUUGUUCAGGCUCACCAACAAGGAGACCGUGUUCGCGAAACCCACUUGGAGCCAGUCACUGGUCACAUUAUUCCUAUCGCAAGUCCUUACCUUGAUCCCCCUCUCUGGACUCCCGUGUUGACACUUUUAUAUUCCACUGUCGAAGCCUCUGUUGGGAACUGAGAGCUUCCCUCGUGUCGGAUGGCAGAGGCUGAUGGCCAAAGGGACCCACACACACACAACACAGUCUGGUCAUGGGCUGUUGGCUGCAUUCGGUCUGGAGAACAGGCCCUCCAGGCCCCCUCCACUGAGAAGUUGAGCUGAGUGUGGGAGAAUCAGGUGAUCUGACUGCCACCACCUCGCCGGUGACUUGAUGCAGCCCCUCGCUGCCUCAGUUUCCCCAUCUGGCCACAGCCAUCAGUGGGCACACCUGGUCCCCGUGGCCCUGCAGCAUCUAAGCUUUCCAGAGAGUCGAGAGCAUUGGCUGAUGGCCCCAAAACCACCUCCAUGGGCCUGGCCCCGCCGGGGCGGCCUAGCACCGAGAUUACUAUGUGUUUCCAAUAAAGUCAGCCCUUGGCAUUGUGCCUCACGUGUUAAUGUGCAACAGUGGCAACACCUGCCGUUCUAACUAGAAACUGGAAGUUAAAGCUUUCCGGGUGAUUCUAGAGUGCGUCAGAAUCGAGGCUUCCUACUCCUACUCUUUCUACGCUGCCCAACACCCCCUCUCUCCUCCCCAGAAACUGGACGGUUGGGAAAAUGUUUUUAGCUGUCUCUUCCCACAGCAAGAGCAGCAGGCCUCAGCAGGUCUGGCCCUAGGUGCCGAGUUGGAUCCUCAAGCUGUGAUGGGGACAGUGUUCUGAGCUGGUCUCUGCCUGAUUUCUGUGGAAAGCUGGGAGCGGGCUGGAGCUGCCCCAGCGAGCCGCUGCUCCACGGUAGUCCGACAUGACCAGUGUUUGCGUCUUUGCGUCUCUGAGGUCUCUCAACAUCCAAGUCUAACAAGAAUCUGUCAAGGUCAGACUUAAAAGCAUGGCCUCCUGGUGCCUGCCCAGCAGCUGCGGCACGUGGCUUCCUCUGCCUCCCUCGUGGAGCCCUGCCCGGGUCCUCCUUGUCUGACACACACAUGGCCGGUCGGAUGCCGCUCCAGCCUCUUGUCCUUGCUGGUGACCCUCCCUGAGGCCAGGAGCUCGAGCUGCUUCCCAGCACACCCCGUUCUUGUCUUGGCCAAAGCUUCCUGGCGGCUUUGUUAACUCUGAGAGUAACGCCACCCCCACCAGCUUGCCCAGUGCAGAACUCUGGGCCCAGGAAUCCCUUGGAUACUUUAGCUUUUCAGGCCAAGAGACGAGGAUUCUGAGUGAACCCCGAAAGGCAAGGCCGCCGGGCAGAGGCACCUCCCCCUUACACACAGGAAUCACCCAGGGCCCACCGGGAGGCUCUGGUUGGAGUGGGGCAUGGCCAGGGCACCGGGCAGCAUGGAAUGCUCUGGGGGAUUCUGGAGUGCCGCUUCCUCCGGGCCCACUGGGAGCUGGGCAUCAGCAGAGGAUGCGAACUCUGCUUCCGGCAGCCUGGUCCUGUGUAUGUGGAGGGCCUGCCACGUGUCGCUGUGCUGUGAGGCCCGUCUAUAUGCAGUCUCCAGGCCUCAAAGCUGCGCAGGAAACAGGCUCCAUGUAAGGAGUUUAUGCAAGGACACAUGGCUGUUAAGGGUCAGAGCUGGCAUCUGGGCACUGGCCGAGACUGCGCCCUUCCCUCUGCACUGCUUGGCUGUGCCUGGGCAGGAGGGAUUGCAGUAAACACUUGGGAUUCAGUGGAUCUGUCUGUCUAAGCAAGUUAGCCUCCAGUACGAGAGAAACCAGAAUGCAUGCAAAUGGUGCUUUAAAUUAUGUCUUUAACUUUGAAUUCAAGCUCCAUAAGCUUAUUUAUGGAAGGCCAGCCUAAUGACACUUUACAAAAACAGAUUCGUGAGGCAGGAAUGAGCUGUGCCAUGCCAUCUGGGCAGGCCCAGCGCCAUGUCCCCUCUGGCCAGGCCUGCUACAUGCAGAGGAGACUGGCUGUGUCCGCCUUUGAGCUGCCAGGGCUCCCAGGUUUGCUGAAACAGGUGCCUGUCCUGUCACACAACAGGGAGACGAAUGCAAGGAGGGCAGUGAUCUGCCCGAGGUCACGCUGAGUGAACGCCAGGCAUCCUGAUCACUAAGCCGGGGCUGCUUCUGAUAGCCAGAGGCCGCGUUUUGCUGAAAGAUUAGAGCCUCGCUUCCCAGGGAUGUGAUCUGAGACAAAUGACUUGCUGUGGGGCCAGUGCUGUGGUGCAGCGGGUAAAGCCAUCGCCUGCAGUGCUGGCAACCCAUAGGGAUGCUGGUUCAGGUCCCGGCUGCUCCAUUUUCCAUCCAGCUCUCUGCCAUGGCCUGGGAAAGCAGUGGAAGAUGGCCCGAGUCCUUGGGCUCCUGCACCCGUGUGGGAGACCUGGAAGAAGCUCCUGGCUCCUGGCUUAAGAAUAGUGCAGCUCUGGCCAUUGUGGCCAAUUGGGGAGUGAAUAGCAGAUGGAAGCUCGCUUGCUCACUCGCGCUCUCUCUCUGCCUUUCCUUCUCUAUGUAACUGACUUUCAAAUAAAUAAAUCUUGCCUUCUGUGUGGCACGUUCAUCACUCAAGAGGCCUGUGGUACCUGCUUUGCAGGGGGGUCUGGGGCUUUGCCAAGCUCAUGUGCAUGAACUGCUUAGCCCUUGGCCUGCACUUGAGAAAUUCGUCUCUUACGACAGGGCAACUCGGGACAGUCUGGCCCUGGGAGCUCGGGUUCUGCAGGUAGCUUUGUUGUCUCAAGACAUGGAGCUUGUUCUCUGGAUAGGACGUCUUGCCGCCUUCCUGGGGACAGCCACGAGCAAGAAGUAGGUAAGGCAUGCAGAAUGGGGGGCGAUCCUUAGAAAAAAGCUGGAAGCAUGCACAGUGUACCUCUUGCUGCAAACUGAUGCAAUGAGGGUCCUGGCAGAACAGCAGGUACAGGGCUGUUUCCACUGCUUAUCCCUUGGGGCAAUGGAGAAGCUAGCGGCUGCGAACUGUCUCCAGCAAUCAAUACUUGGGGACAAAGGCUGGUGCGUAACAAGUGCAAAUCAGGCUUAGAAUGUAAAUCCAGGGCUCCAUUAAUAUUCUGUGUUUUAAUGGAAGAAACACUUGCUGAGCUAUCAAUAAAGGAGCUUUGCAGAAAUCUGCU